AUGGAAACAAAGCCACCGUCCCCAAAGUGCUACCUUGAACCCGUCGAUCUACAUAAAGAAGACCAAUUCCACGAAAUGAGACGACAGCGCACGAUUUGUGGAUGGGAUUCAGAUCCACAAACAUUACAACGCUGGAAGGAAACUCACAACACCAAAAGACUAUUUUGGAUCAUAUUGCCUCACCUCAAUGCCGGCAAUGAGACCAUCCACACCGGUCACAUAUCACUCGAUGCCUCGUCUGGACUUCUUGAGCCCAACCUCGCACCAGAAAACAGAACAGAGCUCUCCAUCAGCUCAUUCUUUAUUCUACCAGAAUAUCGCGCCUUGGGACUUGGAAAGCAAGCAGUAAAGUUGAUUGAAAACAUGGCUACCACUGAACAAUUUGGGAACCCACGCUGUCGGUAUAUUACAUUGACAGCGUUAAGUAAACGAUAUGUUUACGAUGAGGCGCCAGAAUGGCGGGGCGUAUGGGCGAGACUAGGACUUUGCCCGCCUUCGUUUAGUAUUCAAGAGUGGUAUGAGAGCCUCGGAUAUGUGGCUUGGAAGGAGGAGCCUAUUACCGAAGAAAAAGGGACCGAUGGACAGGUUAUCUUGCUAUGGGAAGCCUUCAUGAAGAAGGAUUUGCGUGCAAAUGUUGGUAUUCAGGAUUGCUGA